AUGCAGGCUGUGAGGCGUCAGAAUGGCGGCGCAGACGGCCUCUCGUUUGCUCAAAUCGACGCUCUGACUCCACAGUUUGGACAUGCUGCGAAUGUCAACCCGACUGGCACGGGCGAUUGCGACGGUGCUGUUAACGGUGCCGACGGAAAGCCCAUCAAAGUGCCUUGUUCUUGCCCUCCGGACCGGACCACGUUUAUUAAUAGCCUCAUCGGAAACCUCAAUGCCGGACACGUUGUGAACAACCCGAGCGUGGGCAUCUCGUUCCCGACAGACAACUCCAUUCCAUCAAUCCAGGCGCGUUUCAACGCCGCGUCAGUUACACUUCAGAACUUGAACGGAGCGGGUAAAGGCUGCCCACAGGCAUCCACGACUUGGACUGCACAAUUGAAUGCCAUCCUUUCUGGUGCUUCGUCGCCCGCUAGUGCCCCCCCUAGUACCACCGCUCCCGCACCAGCUCCCCCGGCGUCAUCCUCCACCACUACUGCACCUGCAUCUACGUCAACUGUUUCUGGUGCAAAUGGUCUCUCGCUUGCUCAAAUUGAUUCGCUUGCCCCAGACCUCGGCUUCCAAGCCGGUGUUAACCCAACCGGCACCGGUGAUUGCGAUGGAGCCGUCAACGGCGCAGACGGGAAACCGAUUAAAGUGCCUUGCUCAUGCCCACCUGCACGGGAUGUCUUCAUCCAGUCUCUCGCAGAAGACAUCGCUGCUGGCCACGCAGUACACAACCCUAGUGUAGCAGUUUCCUUCCCAACUGACGACUCAACGGCUUCUCAAAUCACGCGUAUCCAGGCUUCACUUGUCGCGCUACAGAAUUUGAACGGAGAAGGUGUAGGUUGCCCGGCUGCUAGCACGACGCUUUCUGCCCAGCUUAAAGCCCUGACUGGCUGA